GGUCUACGAUCUCCUGUUGCGGCCCUAGUUAAGGUGACCACGGUCCUUGGACGAGGCAAGACGUGGGGGUGGAGGAGCCCUGUCCACGAGGUAUGGUGAGCAGCCUUGGUACUGGGGAAAGAUGAGCAGUGCCGGCGAUUAGAGACCGCGGCACUUGGGAAAGGAUGCCUAGUAUUAGGAUCCGCGGCACUGGGGAAAGAUGAGCCGAUCCAUGACCGCAGCACAGUGUUGGGGGGAGGGGAGCAGGGUCCGCGAUGCGCGUCACUGGGGAAAGGAUGCGCUGCUUCCAGGACUGCGGCACGGGUUUGGGGGAGGGGAGCAGCAGGGUCCGCGACUGCGGCACUGGGGGGAAGAUGAGCUUGUUCUGCGAUCUGAGGCCGCGGCACUCACUGGUCGAAAGAUGCGCAGGACCCCUGACUGCGGGAUCGCUUACACCUGAGAAGAACUACUGAACAGCACGUGCCA